GAAUUUCCCAAAAAUCGAGGCUUUAAAAUGAACACUGGACUAAAACACUGGAAAGAGGCGGCAACUCUCAUUUUGGUCGCGGGUAACAGGCUCGGCGCGGAGAGUUUUUCGGUGUGCUCCCAGCCGGUCAAAAACGAAGGACGACCCCAUUUCCCUCAACGGUUUGACUACAGUGUUUUACUCCUGAAGCGGAGCAGUAAAAGCGGGUUCAUGCCAAACGCUUAUGUGUUCCCUGGGGGUAUGGUGGACUCCUCUGACUUUUCCAGCGAGUGGUUGGAUGUUUUCAAAGCUUUUACCAAUUCUCCGAAUUUUGGAUUAAGGAGUGUCACGCAACCACCGGAGACCAGACCGCCGAUAUUUGCUACUGACAGGCUCAAAUUGGGUUCACCAAUCCCGGGAGAGGUCGCGUUCCGGAUAUGUGCCUUGAGGGAGACAUUCGAGGAGUCAGGCGUACUGCUUUUUGUGUCCAAAAAGGAUGAAUUGAGUCUGUUAAGGAGCCUUAAUGACGGGCGCGCCGCUGAUGAAGUCAAGCAUUACAGAGUAAACGAGCAGUGCGGCGGUGAACUCAGCAGAUGGAGGACUCUGGUCAACCAAAACCCGUCCAACUUCGUCAGGAUGUGUAGGGAGCUGGACCUGGUGCCCAACAUCUGGGCCCUCCACGAGUGGUCCAACUGGCUGACCCCCACGGGACGAUACGGCGCCAAGAGGUUUGACACGGUCUUCUUCAUGUGCUGCCUGGAAGGCAGACCAAACGCCUACCAAGAUCAGAAGGAGAUUCAACACUUAGAGUGGUCGACGCCCUCAGACAUCCUGCAGAAGUUCCAGGCUCGCGAUUUGUGGCUCGCCCCACCGCAGUACUACGAGUUGAGUCGCAUGUGCCGCUCAACCUCGCUAAGCGACCUCCACGCGUUCGCCAGACGGCGCGGCACUAACGGCUGCGAGCAAUGGCUUCCUAUCAUCUUCUUGCAGGACGACAGCUAUGUAUCAGUGCUGCCAGGAGACCAGCAGUACCCAUUAAACAGUUCAGAAACGACAAAUGUCGAAACAAACAUGGCACCUCGAGAAGGUUCAGAAUUGGCACUACACCGCUUCCUGAUCUCAGACCCUUACCGUCCACGGCUGCAAGUCAACAUCACACCCAAGUACAACCACAUGUUGCCCCUCAUUGGACCGUUGGACUCCACAACGCCUGCGUGAACACAGUAGGAAAAAAUGAUGAACGACAACAUCAAGGAAAACUCACAAGAAUUACGAAUUACUAAACAUUUAAGAUUUCUCUGAAUUGGCAGUUUUGAUGUGAAUUCCAUUUUUGUCUCGAUUUCAUCAAAUCAUAUAAAUCAACAGAAUCAUCUUCUUACACACAAACAUUUAAACAAAUAUUAAUUACGUAAAAUACAGUCUUCAGAAGAGAGACAAGACAGUAAUCGGAACCAGGAUAUUAAAGAUCUGUGAAGAAAAAUAUGACUGCUGGCCAGUCCAAUGUAACAUCGAUGGUCAUUGGUCACAUUGAUUGUAAUAACAGACAAAUAUUAAAUAUUUUAUUACAAUAUGAGUGCACUUGUAAGAUUACACUGAUGUUUCUAGAUUUUCUGCGAUCAUGAUUUUUGAGACCAAUGAGCAAGUUGAUCUGAAUACAAAAUGGAGCAACGUGUCUAUUUAAAUGACUCGUUAAUUUGCUGUGUACACUUUGGUGCUUAAUUGUC